UGGCAUUUCUUCCUGCAAUCUUUUCUCAGUCAUUUCAGAGAGAGAGAGAGAGAGAGAAUCCUGUUCUUUGAUGGAGAUGGAGGUUGCAGUUGCAGAUGCCACGAACAAUCUGGUGAUCGGAUCUGAGAAGAAAAACCGGAUUCAGGUUUCCAACACCAAGAAACCGCUCUUCUUCUACGUCAAUCUCGCCAAGAGGUAUAUGCAGCAGCACGAUGAGGUUGAGCUUUCUGCCAUGGGCAUGGCGAUCACUACGGCCGUCACAAUUGCAGAGAUUCUGAAGAAAAAAGGGCUAGCUAUUGAAAAGAGGAUUUUGAUGUCUACAGUUGACAUGAAGGAUGAAUCCAAGGGCCGUCUCAUUCCGAAAGCGAAGAUUGAGGUAUUGCUGGGGAAGACCGAGAAAUUCGAUGAUCUGAUGGCUGCCGGUGCUACCAAAGGGAGGCAGUUGGAGACAACAAAGCAUGAUGGCAAACCAUAACUCUGGAGUUCCAUUAUAUUCUGACUUUCACUUCUUCUGUUUUUUUUUUUUUUUUCCCUGGUGUCCUGUUUAAGUGAUAGAGGUUAUUGAAUUUUCAAGUAGAGCUGCUGCUGUCAUUAACUGAAAAGAGCAGAGUUGAGAGAGGCACUGAGCGUGUAGACAUCUUGGGAUCAUUUCAUCUGUAUGGCCUUAUGGGAGUUGUUGAUGAUACAGACAACCUUUGGUUUGGUGGUCAGACUGCUGUUGUAUUUUUUGAUUCCUGUUUCUGCAUCUUCCUUUGACUGAUGCUGACUGAUUGACAGUAAACAGUAAAAGCUUUGGUGAUCUUCCA